AUGUCGGCCCGCGCAGCGGUACGACAGCCCGUUGAGGACGACUUCGUUCUGCCUCAGACUCAAAGACCGUCACUGCUAUACGGCCCAACAGACCCUCCAUUAGUUGACCUAACGCUCGGAGAGCUGCUCAACCUGCAAUGCCUACACCAUGGAACCCGUGAAGGGAUAGUCAUCUCCUGGACCGGCGCUCGAUGGACAUACAACGAAUUGAAUCACCACAGCCGGCUGCUGGCAGCCGCUCUGCUAGAAAUGGGCAUUGGUGCUGGUGACAGAGUGGGCAUUAUGGCCGGCAACUGUGAGCAGUACGCCGCUGUGUUCUUUGCUGUCACCCGAAUUGGCGCCAUCUUGGUCAUCCUCAACAAUACCUAUACGCCCACUGAGGCGCAGUACGGCCUGGACUUUUCCGAGUGCAAGGUGUUCUUCACCACGAAGAAGAUCGGCCGACUCGACCAGACACCGCUACUCACACAGCUCUCGGCAAGGGCCAAAUCACCGAGGGUCGUGAUUCUCAGGGGCGAGUCGGAAGAUCACACCACCUACCCCGAUUUGCUUUCCCGAGGCGCCCGCGUAAGCCCGGCACGCCUGCACCAGGCCGAGGCGAGGGUGCUGCCUCACACAGUCUGUAACCUCCAAUUCACUAGCGGCACCACUGGCCUCCCCAAGGCGGCCAUGCUCACGCACCACAACAUUGUGAACAACUCGCGCUUCAUUGGCGACCGCAUGCGCCUCACGCCGGACGACAUCCUCUGCUGUCCGCCACCGCUCUUCCACUGCUUCGGCCUCGUGCUCGGGCUGAUGGCGGUCAUCACCCACGGCGCCAAGAUCGUGUACCCGGCCGAGGUGUUUGACGCGCCGGCGACGCUGCGGAGCAUCCUCGAGGAGCAGUGCACGGCGGUGCACGGGGUGCCGGCCAUGUUUGACAGCCUGUUGUCGCUGCCCGAGGCCAAAUCGCUCCGGGCGGCCGAUCUCCGACUGCGAACGGGCAUCAUCGCGGGCGCGCCUGUCCCUCGUUACCUGAUGGAGCAGCUCGUCUCGCGCCUGGGCAUGGCCGAGUUCACGUCGAGCUACGGACUGACCGAGGCCUCGCCGACCUGCUUCAACGCCUUUACCGACGACCCCAUUGCGACGAGGCUGGCUACCGUCGGCACCCUCAUGCCCCACGCCAUGGCCAAAAUUGUGGACCGCGACGGCCAGAUCGUGCCCGUUGGUACGAGGGGCGAGCUGUGUAUCGGCGGCUAUCAGCUGCAGGCCGGGUACUGGAACAACUCGGAGAAGACAAACGAGGUUAUGAUUAGAGACGAGUCUGGUGUGUUGUGGUUGCACACUGGGGACGAGGCUGUCUUUUACGAGAGAGGGUAUUGCUCGAUUACAGGGCGAUUCAAGGAUAUCAUCAUUCGAGGAGGCGAAAAUAUCUACCCCCUUGAGAUCGAGGAGCGGCUGGUUGCGCACCCCGCUAUUUCCAUGGCUGUGGUGGUUGGGCUCAAGGAUGCCCACUACGGCGAGGUGGUCGGCGCCUUCCUCGGCCUUGACGGUGGCCAUACGCAACGACCGGACGCUGAAGAGGUUCGGGAAUGGGUCAGGCGCAAGCUCGGCAAGCACAAGGCGCCCACACACAUCUUUUGGCUUGGCUUCGACGGCGUGCCUGCCACGGUACCGCUCACGGGCAGCGGCAAGGUGCGCAAGUUCGAGUUGGCACAGCUGGGUAAUAAGCUGUUGGCGUCCUCAGCUGCGAAGGCCAAGCUGUAA